CAAAAUUAUGUUAGAAACUAUUAUAAACAUAUUGUAUUACAAAAAAACAGUCCAAUUUGAAUUUUUUUUUUUAGUUAUUGAUUUGUAUGAUAUAUUUUCUUUCGAUUAUUGUGAAUAUAUAUUUAUAAAAAAUGGUUUGUAGAAAUUUCGUUGAAAAAUAUACAAUAGAAUUAUGAAAAUUAUUUUGUACGAAAUUAUUUAAGAUACUAUACUAUUUUUAAUGAUGUUCAUGUUCAGCUCAUCAAUCCAUAUUAUGGUCGGCUUUUUAAUUUUAAGCAACGUAAUAUCUAAGACAUCUUCAAGUUCAGUAUUCGGAAAGUAUUGGAAUUUUUUUGGAUUUCCUAGAUUGUUCGAAGAAGAGAAGGACAUAGUUUUUGAUGAAGAAGAAGAUGAAGAAGAAGAAGACAUUAUUCCAAAUUCAAUUAAUCCAGAAGAAAUUAAUCCAGAAGUUGAUGUAGGAGCAACUAAUCCAGAAGACAUUUGCUUUGUAUGUUUGUAUGAAAAAUCAACGGUAACCUUUCAGCCAUGUGGACACAAGUUAGGAAAUAUUUGCACUAACUUUUUAAUACAAGGAAAAGGAAAAAAUUGUCCAAAAUGUAGAAAAGAAAUAAUUGAAUUUGAAAAUUUAGUGAAAUCGUGUGAAGAAGCAAAUGAAGAAGUGGACAUACCAGAAGAUGCAUGUACAAUAUGCUAUGUGGAAACAUUAACAGUUAAAUUAUCCCCUUGCGGUCAUACUAUAGGCUUGUUAUGUGCCAUAAAUUUUAAAAGAUCUCAGGAAAUAUGUCCAUUUUGCAGAACAAAAAUAAAAAAUUAUUUCACUAUUGAUGAUGCGAGUGAAAACCCCGAAGACUUAUUUAAAAAAUAUGAUCCUAUCAUAAAAAGAAAAGACCAGGCCAAACCACUUUCAGAAGAUAAAUUCAAAUAUUUAAAAAAUCGUUUCGAAUCUAAAGAAAUGUCUACAGCAGAAAUAAAAGCUCGAUAUUAUUAUCUUCGGCGAGAUCAAGAACCUGAUGAAGAACUUAUUAAAGAUAUUAAUGCCACUUUAAAUUUUAUUCAACAUAUAGGAUUAAUAACACAUGGAAAAUCAAUAUACACUAAAAAUAUUGGCAUUCGUUCUGAACAUAUUGUAUACUGCACUACCUUUUUGAAAUCAUUAGAUGACAACGAAAAACCUAUGUUGAGUAAUUAUUAUAAUCGUAAUGGUAUAAAUAUGAUCUACGAAUUAUUAAUACGAAGUAGAUAUGUUUAAUUUGAAAAUUGAGGAAGCAAUUAAAUAUUCUAUUAUCGUAAUAUCUAAAAGGAAAUUUACUUAUCAAAAAGUACCUUUAGAUAAAAACUAAAUAAAAUGUUUACUUUUGAUGUUUUUUUUCAUUGAAAUAUUUAAUGGUUAUAAUUGAUCAGUUGUCAAUUCAAAUGUAAAUAUUUGUUACACUCGUUUUACAUAUA